AUGGCAUUGAGGGUCGGACUGGCCAUGAACCCGCCGCACACCACCGACGACAGGGCGGUGUUCACGCAGCUGAAGCCCGUCAGGAUGCCCGGAGCGGACGGAGCCGAGGACGGGUCCGUGUUUGAGGACGUCAAACCCGGGAUUCGAUUAGAGUUGGACAAAUACCUCCCCCAGGUCAACAGUCCUCUCUUGAGUAACCUGAUCGAUUCCGUCGACAAGAAAUACAGACGAGACAGCGCCUCCGUGGUCGACGAGUUCUUCUCCGAGGACAAAUCCCCUACUCCCUACAGCCUCAACAUCAACUUCAUUCUACCGAACACCACCCACCUCCGCACGGGCCUCUACCGGCCCAACACCAGGACUCUCACGCCGCAGCAGAUCAAGACGGAGCCCGGUCUGGAGGUGCCCUGCUCCAUCUCCACCGCCGCCAACAACUCCAGCACCCAGGCCCUGCCGGACUUCACAUCCGUCUUCAGCGUGCCGCCUGUAGUCAACAACGUGUUCAUCAAGCCGGACAUGAGCUCUGUGGUGAACGUUCCCGCAGGAUCCCAGCAGCAGCAGCCGAAUCUGGACACGGAGCUUCACAUCGGACCCCCGGCUCCCCAACCGCAGGUCUACCACAUGCCCAUCACCAGCUGUGCCGACCUCACCAUGACUCUGUCGCACACCAGCCCGUCGGCACAAGCCUCCACGAGCGGCAGGACCAUGCUGAACCUCUGCAACGUCGCAUCGUCGACGACCAACGGCCAAUACAUGAUGGCGGAGCACCAGCUACAGCAGCACCACGGUUACUACCAAGCCUCGCCGAACGGCUCGUCCCAGCACACGGCGCCCCACAGCCUGCCGCCAUCACCGCCAAACUCUCAGCCCGGGAGUCCCGACGGUCAAGUGGAUCUGCUCAGGUUAGCGCCACAGCUUCCGCCGCCGUACCAGCACCGUCUGGAGGGGAUAAAGGUGACGGGGUUGUCUCCACACGCCAUGCUGAUGACACAUGGACAGGGUGUCCUGACGGGUCCCAAAUACAACAGGCGGAACAACCCAGAGCUGGAGAAGAGGAGGAUCCACUUCUGUGAUUACCCAGGCUGCUCCAAAGUUUACACAAAGAGCUCUCACCUGAAGGCACACCAAAGGACGCACACAGGUGAGAAGCCGUACCGCUGUACGUGGGAGAGCUGCGACUGGCGUUUCGCCCGAUCGGACGAGCUCACCCGACACUACCGGAAACACACCGGAGCCAAACCCUUCAAGUGCAUCGCCUGCAGCCGCUGCUUCUCGCGCUCCGACCACCUGGCCCUGCACAUGAAGCGCCACCAGAAUUAACCGUCACAUGAUCACACACACACACACACACACACACAC